AUGGAGAACAGACCCUCAACACAUCCGGGGAAUUACCUUAACGGUAGACAUCCUAACCUGCGGGAACGGCAAUUGCCAGACGGGAAUAUCCCGCCUCCGCCUCGCCCGCCACCGCCGCCGUCGCCGCCCCAGCACCAACGGCCUUCGGGCACGGCAUACCACGCAAAGCGUACGAAUCCAGAACUUAUCAGCCGUAGCAACAGCCGUACCCUCCCACCAAAGAGGCCACGAACAGGCAAUGGAGAGCAACACCAGCGGCGGAAUCGGUGGAGCAAUGACAGGGUCGGGGGGGGAGAGAUUAAAGUUGCUCCAGACUGGAGCGGGAACGAAACCACCACGAACACCGACCAUGAGGACAAGGACCAGCACCAACGGGAGCGAUAUUUUGGGUUCAGCUCCACGCCCACACCCUCGGCAUUGAUGCCACCGCCGAGCACGCCCUUAGCGUACCGAGACAUGCAAAAUGAGCACUCAUUGGCACAUGCAAGGUGGGGCCUGCGCAGGGAAGUGGUCAUGGGCUUUUCCCGUUGCGGUAUUGGGUACAUGUACCCCUGGCAGGCGGAGUGUCUGGAUAUGGGUGGGUUGCUCACCGGCGAGAGCAACGUCGUCUAUACCGCUCCUACGUCCGCCGGCAAGUCCCUCGUGGCGGACAUCCUUGCGAUAAGGAAGGUCGUGAAUGAGCGCAGGAAAGCUAUCAUCGUGUUGCCGUACAUCGCUAUCGUUCAAGAGAAGACAAGGUUUCUCAAGAAGGUUUUGGAGAAAGUCCGGGUUGCGGUGCCGAAAAGAGGGGGGUGGGAUAAGGUGAAUUUAUGGAGGCAUCUCAAUAUUGUCGGGUUUCAUGGUGGGUCCAAGGUUAGGGUGGGGUGGAAGGAGUUGGAUGUUGCUGUUUGUACUAUUGAGAAGGUUCGCCAGAUGGGUAUUCGUGGGAUAGCUCCUGCAGAUUACGAUCAUUCAGCUGAGAUCUUUUUGUCUGUGGUGAUGCUAGGCAAACGCACUUGUCAAUGCUGCGAUAGAAGACCGCACUAUAGACCAACUGGGCAUCGUGGUUUUCGAUGAAUUACAUAUGCUGGAUGAUGAUCAUCGGGGAUAUAUCCUUGAGCUCCUCGCAACAAAAUUACUUUGUCUGGCAGAAGAGAACAUUCAGAUUGUGGGCAUGUCAGCCACUCUUAGCCGUACCCCCCCCCCCCCUCUUUACCCCCAUCUUUACACUCUAUAACUCAGCCUAACCUCCGCCCAACAGAACGUAAAAGUCCUGGCAACUUGGCUAAAAGCCCAAUUCUACGAGUGCGCCUUCCGACCGAUCCCUCUACAAGAACAUCUGGUCUACGACAAUAACAUCUACACCUAUGACGAAAAGCUCGUCGCCAAAAUCCCCUCCAGUGAGCUUAAGGAAUUAAAGGACCCUGUGACUAAUGCAAUCGUAUCAUUAGUCUACGGAGCGGUAAUAGAGGACCACGGGGUGCUCGUGUUCUGCGAGAGUAGGAGGCGAUGUGAGGAUGUUGGGAAGCUGCUUGUCAAGUUUAUGCCUGCGGUGGAUGAAGAAGUCCGGGAAAAGAGAAUGGAAAUCGUUCGGGAUCUUGCGACGACGAGCACUGGAUUGGAUUUCGCUUUGGAGAAGACUGUGCCAGCAGGGGUUGCGUUUCAUCAUGCUGGUUUGUGGUUCUGGCUGAGGGAAAUGGGGGGGUUGUAAGGGGGUAGCUUACCGACUAGGAACCUAUUAGGAUUGACAACGGAAGAGAGAGAUCUAAUCGCUGAGGCGUAUGAUCAGGGGUCCAUUAAGGUUAUUUGUUGUACGGCCACUAUGGCGGCUGGGGUUAAUUUGCCCGGUAAGUGAUUCAGAUGUCGGAGGUUUCUCGAGCUAAUGGUACUUUUUGUUAGCCAGAAGAGUUGUUAUAUCACCGAGGAUGGGAAGGGACUUUCUUUCACCGACCAUGCUGUGCGCUUCCUGCUCCCCUAAUAAGGGUCUAACUCUAACGACUUCCAAGGAAACAAAUGAGAGGUAGAGCUGGAAGGAAGGGAAGGGAUACCCAUGGUGAAAAUUACCUCUGUUGCAGGAAGGAGGACUUGGUACCGGUCAAGGAGCUACUCAAUGCACCGAUGCCAUCAGUUCGGAGUUGUCUUGGGGGGGAAACUGCCGGUUUGAAGAGGUAGUGUAUUUGUGUUAUGCGUGAACUUGUCUCAAGAUAUCGCUAACUCUCACUCCUACAGAGCUAUUCUAGAAGGCAUAGCUACAAGGCUAGCAACGUCCGACGGCUCCCUAAGCGAAUACAUGCACGCAACGCUAAUCUACCACACAACACCGGAGCCACUAAAAUAUCUAGAACCAAAGAUUCUAGAUGCAAUAGAGUACCUCAAGGAAAUGAAGCUAAUAAAUGAAGACAGAACUCGCGGGUACUUUUACGCGACAAGGAUAGGGAAUGCAACUGUUGCAUCUGGAUUCGGUCCCGAAGAAGGAAUAUUCCUACACGACGAGCUAUCCCGGGCGCUAAUGAACUUCAAUCUCGAAGGCGACAUGCACAUUGUCUACCAGUUUACUCCGAUCCAUUCCUCCACGACCGCAAGUGUAGACAUAGAUUGGAAACUCAUGCGCGAGGAAGUGGAAAAGCUUGACGAAAGCGGUAUUCGAGCAGCGAAUUUCGUUGGCGUUAAUCCAGCCUUUGUCAAUAAAAUGUAAUGGCGGCGCCUUCCUUCCUUCACUCACCCGCCCUCACUUCAUAUUUUUAACCGUAUAUACAGGGCCCAAGGUGGCACCCUCCGCGAGGACUCCCCACAAAAUAUCUCCAAAGCCCGCGUUUAUCGCCGCUUCUACGUCUCCCUCAUGCUGCGCGAACUCCUUAACGAAAAACCCGUGCAUAUAGUGGCUGCAAACUACAAUAUCGCCCGCGGCUUCAUCCAGCAGCUCUCGACAACCUGCAAAGGUUUCGCCACGACGAGCGGCACCUUUUGCAAGGUUAUGGGAUGGACGGGCUUAGCCGUCUUGCUAGAGCACUACAGCUGGAGACUCGACAUGGGUGUUAAGGCCGACCUGAUGGACCUUGCCAGGAUACCGUUUGUCAAGAGCGUCACUGCAAGGAUUUUUCACGAGAAUGGGCUUAAGAGUGUGGAGGCAGUGUCGGCAUCAAACGUGGAGAUCUUAGUGAAGCUAUUAGACUUAGCGCAGCCCAAGAAGUUGCGAUUGAGAGAGGCGGAAAUGGGCAAGAUGAGGGGCAGAUUGGAACAGAGGGCGGGGGUUAUACUUGAGGCGGCGGUGGCAAUUUAUGAGCAGGAUUGUAAGGAUGCCGCAGAGGAGUGAGGAGGGAGGGAGGCUUUGGGGAGCUAUUUCUGGCGUUCCGUGUUUGCUUACAGAGGUUGGGGCUUUUAUCGGGAUCGGGGUUUAUUUGUUUAUUAAUAACAUUGCUGGCGGUGGUCAUGCGAGGGGUUUUGUGUAGUAUGACACAGUUAUGGCAUGUAAUGAAGUGUCAGUAUUAUGCUUU